AGGCCUCGGGAGUGCACGUGAAGCGCGCAACAGACGCGUUCUUCCUGCCAGCCCAGCCUCGGAAGAGUUAAAGGCGACGUCAGUGGGUGUCGGGCCGAGCCCCCGACCUUCCCCCGGUCUCUGGGCCUGCGACGCCUCCCAUUCGCCGGCCGCCCUCGGGGUUUUUCCAGCAGCCCAGCGCGGAGGGGGCAGGGCAUCCGCCGCCACCGGCCCGCCGCCUGCUCCAGCCCCUGCCUGCUUUUGCGCGCUGCAACUCGCUCGAAGAUGGCGGCCCAGAGUCUCCUCUCCCGGCUCAGCCGGUGCCUCCCCGUCGCUUCCAGCUGGGCUCCCCGAAACGGGACUCUGCAAUUCUGGCUCCGGACGCAGGCGAAGACUUGUGGCUGCUAUUUCUCCACCAGCAGCUGUCACAACACCAAAUUUUAUACUGAUGCAGUGGAAGCAGUAAAAGACAUACCCAAUGGGUCAACUCUACUUGUUGGUGGCUUUGGGCUCUGUGGAAUUCCCGAGAACCUCAUAGGAGCUUUAUUGAAGACCGGUGUAAAAGGGAUAACGGCUGUCAGUAACAAUGCUGGGGUAGACAAUUUUGGGCUUGGGCUCUUGCUUCAAACCAAGCAGAUCAAGCGCAUGGUAUCAUCCUAUGUUGGGGAGAAUGCAGAAUUUGAACGGCAGUAUUUAUCUGGAGAACUGGAAGUUGAGCUUACACCACAGGGUACACUUGCUGAGCGGAUUCGAGCAGGGGGGGCAGGGAUCCCGGCUUUUUAUACCAGCACUGGCUAUGGAACAUUGGUGCAAGAAGGAGGGGCUCCGAUCAAGUACAACAAAGAUGGUUCUAUCAGCCUUGCCAGUGAACCGAGAGAGGUAAGGGAAUUUGAUGGCCAUCACUUCAUUAUGGAAAAAUCAAUCACGGGAGAUUUUGCACUAGUCAAGGCAUGGAAAGCUGAUCGUGCUGGAAAUAUAAUUUUCAGGAAGACUGCAAGAAAUUUUAACCAGCCUAUGUGCAAGGCUGCCAGAACAACUAUAGUAGAGGUGGAAGAAAUGGUUGAUAUAGGAUCAUUCGCCGCAGAAGAUAUUCAUGUCCCCAAGAUCUACGUUCAUCGCCUCAUUAAAGGGGAAAAAUAUGAAAAAAGAAUUGAGCGACUGUCACUUCGAAAAACCGAUGACUCCCAAAGCAAACAAAAGAAACCGGGAGACAGUGUCAGAGAGAGGAUCAUCAGGCGAGCAGCUCUGGAAUUUGAGGAUGGCAUGUACGCUAACCUGGGCAUUGGCAUCCCACUGCUUGCUAGCAACUUCAUCAGUCCGGACAUAACGGUUCAUCUGCAGAGUGAAAAUGGAGUACUUGGUUUGGGGCCUUAUCCGCUUCAAGAUGAAGUUGAUCCUGAUCUUAUCAAUGCAGGAAAAGAGACAGUCACUGUUCUUCCAGGAGCUUCCUACUUUUCUAGUGAUGAAUCUUUUGCUAUGAUUAGAGGAGGACAUGUCAAUAUGACUAUGCUUGGAGCAAUGCAGGUGUCCAAAUACGGUGAUCUAGCUAACUGGAUGAUUCCUGGUAAGAUGGUGAAAGGAAUGGGUGGUGCGAUGGACUUGGUCUCCAGCUCAAGAACCAAAGUGGUGGUCACUAUGGAGCACUCAGCAAAGGGCAAUGCCCACAAGAUUUUGGAAAGCUGCACUUUGCCAAUUACUGGGAAGCACUGUGUGGAUCGCAUCAUAACAGAAAAGGCUGUUUUUGACGUGGAUAAGAAAAAGGGGCUGACUCUGAUCGAAAUUUGGGAAGGUCUCUCAGUGGACGAUAUCAAGAAAAGCACCGGCUGUGAUUUUGCUGUAUCGCCAAAUCUCCAACCAAUGAAGCAGAUUUCAACCUGAGGAAUAGACGGGCUUAACUUCUAUGCUUCCAGCAAAGGGGAAUCAAAUGUCUGUUUUGCAAUGAUGCAUUUUAAAAGAGGUCUUUGUAAGUAGUUUCUGGUAGUUAGCAUCAGGCUGACUGUCACUAUAACUAUGUAAAUGUUUGUUUGCACAUGAUGUUACAGUACAGUUUCCAGAAAAUAAAUCCCAUUUGAUACCUAGCUAUUUAUAAGCAUCACACUGUUAAUAAGAAUUAGCAAGAGAAUGAUGCCUUGUAGAUGUGAUCUAAUGCUAUAACCUUGUGCAGAGGUCACUUUCUACGCACAGAUCAUGCAAAACGGCAAGUGCCUAUACAUCGGCUGCAAUUGCGCACACAAAAAAGGGGGAAAGUCACAGGGCAAUGUGGUGGUCCAAAAAUAUGUUUGUAAUUAGGUAUUUGUAUAAACAAGACCCUCAUUUACAGAAGAUCACGUAGAUGAAAGGCUCUAUCCUGUGGUCAAACAUACAAAAGCAGAACUGGAUGAUUAAAAAAAAAGUAAGCAGAUUUCUAGUGUUUGUGGCUAGAAAAGUCUGCUUUGCAUGCGUAACACCAGGCAAAAUCUGAGAAACUGGGAAAAGAAAUUUUUGUCUCCAGUAAUGAGAGGAUGGUACUACACUACACUGCAUAGUUCCUUGACUCUCUCCCUCCUCCACAUACUGCUAACGAAAACAGAAUAAAAUAUAAAAGUAGUGAUGCAAAUUUGUUUGGUUUGCAUAAACUAUAUAGAUCAAAGAACCCAUCUUUCCUGGUGCAGAAUUUGGGGUACCAUGGCAUAGGAUUUUCAUUUGUGCAGAAUAUAUGCAACUCUGGCUGUGUAUAGAACAUACAAUGAAUUAACUAGAUUUCAGGCAUUACAUACCCUAUUUGAAUAGAAGCCAAGCUGCCAUAAUCAUUUUAUGAUUUUUUUACUGACCUUUUAAUAAAUACUUGCACAAUUGCAUAGUUCACCUAAA